UAAUAUUGAGCGUCGAAAGAUUUUCCUGGUUUUUUCCCCAUUCGCCUCUCAAUUCCUAAUCACCCCAAAAACGGUACAGAGAAAUUCAUAGUUCAAUUGUAAUGUACGGUACUCUGUGCAGUGUUUUUCGACUUGUAUUUUUUAUUCAUUCAUGCAGAAUGUAAUUUUUAUGUACUAAAUACGAAAAACUACAAAUGGUGCUAAAAUUUUGGUAAAAUGUCAGCAGAAAAUUGCUUGGUUAAGGCAAUAUACUCUUUUAAAGGUAAAAACAAUGAUGAAUUAUGUUUCAAAAAAGGCGAUAUUAUUACUGUCACGCAAAAGGAAGAAGGAGGAUGGUGGGAAGGCACUCUGGGUGAAACUACAGGCUGGUUCCCAAGCAACUAUGUUACUGAAUAUAAAGAUGCAUCAGGUUCAGUGACAACAUCACCUAUACGAGCUGUGUCUGAGAUACAGGCAUUCCGAAAUGUGGUGCUGAAAGACAUAAUAGAUUCUGAAAAGGCCCAUGUUGCAGAAAUGCAGGGUCUUGUCACCAACUUCUUACAUCCUCUGGAAAAAAGUGAAAUGCUAACUAAAGAUGAAUUCAAACAAUUGACCGGCAAUAUAAAUGAGGUCUUGCAGAUUCAUGAACAGUUCUUAGGGCUGUUAGAAGAAAGUGCAACCAAAACAGGUCCAGAUCAGAGAGUAGGAGGAUUGUUUUUACAGUGGGCACCAAAAAUUAAAACAGUACACCAAACUUACUGUGGUGGACAUCCAAAGGCAGUGUGUAUCCUUGAUAAGUAUAAGGAGGACUUAAACACGUGGAUGGAAAAUGCAGGUGCAGUGUGUCCAGGGGUCCUUGUUUUAACAGCUGGUCUUUCAAAGCCAUUUAGACGUCUCGGCAAAUAUCCAGCUAUGCUACAAGAAUUGGCAAGACAUGUCCACGAAGCCCACCCUGACCGGGGCGAUACUCAUCGUGCAUCUGUUGUCUACAAAGAUAUUGCGAGUGCUUGUGCGGCAUUGCGACGUCAAAAGGAGUUAGAAUUACAAGUUAUAACCGGAGAAGUUCGUGGCUGGCCCGGGGGUGAACUAGCCUCAUUGGGUGACGUGUUACAUAUGGGCAGCGUGGCAGUGGGCCCGUCCCAUCAGGACCGCUACCUUGUACUCUUCCCAUCAGCGCUGUUAUUACUUUCAGUUAGCAAAAGAGUAUCUGCAUUUGUGUAUGAGGGAUGUCUUCCACUGACAGGCAUCACAGUGUGUAAAUUAGAUGAUACUGAAACAAGAAAAAAUGCAUUUGAAAUUAGUGGUCCCAUGAUAGACACUAUAGUGGCAGUGUGCCAAACAAAAGCUGAGGCUGACAAUUGGGUCAGUUUGUUACAAAAGCAUUCUAACACGAACAGUCCAACACACGAGCCUGGACAACCGCAGUCAUUACCUCAUAUGGCCACGAGCGAGAAUAAUAACUCUGAUUUAUCUGGUGGUUUAACGAGCCACAAACGAUCACACUCAUUCAACAAUCAUCAAAGCUACACACAACACGCUCAGCAAACGCAGAAAAACAAACAAAAAAAUCAAUCAGCGCGUUGGCUGCUCAACUCUUUCGACUCCCUCGACCAGUCACCCGCCAAAUCUGAUAACGGUUCCAUCGCAAAGAAAUUCUCCUCUGUUGACUUCAUCGACACCACGGAUUCGACUUACACUAAUAAAGGUUGGAGCAUAACUUGUUUACGGCCUGCACCACCGCUCCGGCCCCAAUCCUUCUCGGUGGGAUCGGACGAGAACAUCGGGCCGACCCACCCCUACGCGCCGCACCAACGGAAAUCCAAUUCGUACGAAGAAGAUGCCCUCAUCCUCAAAGUCAUCGAAGCUUAUUGUACUUCGGCUCGGUGCAGAAAUGCCGUAAGCUCCGUACCCAAUAUACCGCUGGAGGUAUUCGAGUCGACAAGGAGGACACAUGUGAAGUCAAGAAACCGUAUUAUCAGUUGGUUCUUAGAAUGAGAGAUCCGCAUUUUACAUCUCAAACCAAAUUUGUUGCUAGUCAUAAAUGUAGCGCUUGAAAUUUUAUAUUAUCAAUGUUUGCUCUGUCCUAACAACGAGCACCAAAUUCAAUAAUCUCAUUAUAAUACUCAAACAUAUACAGGCACAUGUCUUAAAUGCAUGUUAUCUUAGAAUGCUUUCACUAUUAUUAUGUAACAUGUAAUCUAGCAUUCAGCAUAAUCUUACUAUUUAGAUCUUGUACAAAAGUCUAGUCCUUGUAACUUAGAAUAUAACGUGUACUGUUUUGAUUUCAUAUUUUGAUUUCAUAUUUUGAUCCGGUUUUAAUGUAGGUAGUCGUAAUUUAGAGUUUUUGUUUAGUAUGGCGUUUUGGUGGCUGGGAAUACAAUCUAAAAAGUACAGUUUCUCUACACUUUACUGUUUAUAUCAAACGUGAUAGCUAGCUAUACAACAUGCGAGGAGAAUGUCGUCUACAAAAACAAAAUGUGUCAGAUGUAUUAUAUCGUUACUAACAUUUUUAUUGUGCUAAAUCGACUUCGAAUCUGCUUUAUUAAAGAACUUAAAGCACUAGCUGGCCAACGACCCGUUUACUACACGACACUGGCAUCUGACUUUUCAGUCCUGAAUAUUUGUAUUUUGUUACAUGCGGCUGCCUUAUUUCGCACCUGCAGUGGAUUGCGGCCACUUAUCUCUCGGUAAAGUACAGUAUCACGCACCCGCUACUAACAUAGACGAGUUUAACUACACUAAAAUGUCGCCCGUACAACGAAGCAAAACGCCUGACCGUCCGGAAUGUACGAAACCCACCAAAGUGAAACGAAACAAAAGCUCUUCCGCUGCGGACGCGUACUUGUACCGAGGGCCGGAAGCUAGAAGACUGUUGUUGUGCGACCGAAAGUAUGACAUGAACCGGUCUAAUCCCAACCUGCGUCAGCAUUGGGACGAGCGGCCCAGUGUCCCGGCGUGCGGCUCCCAGCCCAGCCUCGCCGCCCCGCGCUCCUCCACCUGGUGCUGCGGCACUUUCGUCAAACAUCUCACUAAAUCUCACCAUUUCGAUUGACACAAGUAGAGCAUCCGUUGGGUGAUGCUCGACCUCAGAAAACUCACAGUGCACGCGACUCAGUUUUAUCCGACUGCACCUGUCAUAUAAAUGUCAUUUACUGUCUGGUCGAUUGGGAUUUAUCGUCGCUUCUUUUGCUAAUUGUUUUCUGGUUUAUAUUAACGCCUGGAUAGUGGUGUUUCAAUUCACUUGCGAUUUAUAUUUUACUAAUCUCUCCUCAUUCCUGAUCGAGGCUAACCUACCUUAAUUUUCAUGUUUUAUUUUUCCUACUUAGUUUUAUAUAGUAAACGUAUUGUGUGAAAGUAGUUUAUACUUUGAAACUAAUUUAACAUAGUGAAAUGUGAGUGCUUUCCAAUUCAAGCUUACUACGUAAAAUACAGGAUGCAUUGGAACAGCUUCGGAAAACAAUAAUAGGUUGGUGAUUAUUGACACGAUAACACUAAAAAAAUUGUUUACGAUAAGUUUGCGAAUUUUUUGGUAAUUUGAAAUUUUGACAUUGUAACAUAAUUCAAACUCAAUCGAAGCAUUGACCUCAAGACCUUGAACGAGACAAGGAGGCGUAUGCCAAGUGGCGCCCGUUGCUUGAUGGGUAAGGUCUGAUCAAAUCUGGUUAUCUUGGCCGGUACAACCGGAUACUGGACAUCAAGAAAAAACUUCAAUAAAUACAAAUAUGCCCAUCAUCAUCAUUUGUCUGUCUCUUUACUGGUCAAAAGAGGCUAGUCCCAUAGUGCGCUAUAAUGACUGGCCCUGUCUGUCGCAUACUCCCUAUCAGUCAUUUCACGUAAUUUGGACAACGGGUGGGUACCUUGUCAGUUCAUAUCUCCAUUCGGGAUAGUCUACUACUCCCUACUAUCGCAAAUCGGUUCCACAACAGAAUAUUAUUACUUAAAACCAUCGGCUUCUCAUUUGUCAACUACCAAAAAAUCCCUUCAAUUACUGUCUUCGUAUUUCUAAUGAAUCAAUUACCUGCCAUAACGUUCUGUCAACUCUUAGAUAUUGGAAGUUUAGCUUUGGUGUUUAUAAAUAUCCAAAGAGAUUGCAAACAGCAUUUAAACAAUUGCCGAAAAUCGAGACUGGCCUUUUCGACGGGCCCAUUUUAUGUUGAACAGCCGAGACCGACUCCACAAUCAGACCUUACCACAAUGGUAAUAAGGUUGUGUACCCAAUGCAAUGUACUCGUUCGUUACUAUUUAAAGAAUAUGAAAUUACUGAAAUUAUAAGUAUUCACGCAUGCCCUAGUAAAAUGGUAUUUGGUUUUGUCAUACUGCAGGUUUGUUCGUACUUCAAGAUUUAUUGGCUUCGGAAGCGGUUCCUUUACAUUCUGUUUAAAAUUUUUUUGUACAUAUCGUUAUCUAUGUCAACAUAGAUUUACUAUCAUAGAUUAUAUGCAUGUCUGCAGUAUUAUCGACUUAGUUAUUUAUUAGAAUAAUAAUUUAACCUGUAUAUUAUUAUUAUAGAUAUAUUGUUUUCAUACAAAUAAUAUGAAUUUUAUAAAAUGCUGCUUAAAUUGCUUUUUUUGGGAUUAAUUGUGAUAUGGUAUCGAUUUUAUAGAUAAACUGGUCAGUGAUCGGUGUAACUUUUACUGCUUUCUUAAAAUUAUUUAAUAUUAUUUAUUUGAAAACUAAUAAAAAAAACUAUUAUUAUUUUAUUGUGAACGUUCACUGUCCUCAUUUAGAAAUGAGUAAGAUUUCCGAUUAGGAAAUGCUAUUUGUAACAGUGCUUUUCAAAUGAGAAUUAUUCUUCCUGAUUAUUUCUCGUUUUAUUAUUUGAAAGGUUUAUUUAUUUUACAGACGUAUCCUUUUUACCAAGCUAUAAUGGGACGUAGUUUAGCUAAAAAGCUUUUCAACCCACAGUCAUAUCAAAAAUGACAUGACUGGGCUCUGUCAGGUUCUACACACUAAUAUGAUCUAAAAAAAAACAUCAAAGAAUAACAUAAAGAAGAUUUGAAAGAGGUAAACGAAUCGUGUCAUGAAAUAACAAACUCAUACGAAAUAUAACUCUGAUCGAGAUGUAAUGAGAUCUGUCAACCUGAACGUAAAAUUUCAAAGAAUUCAAUUUAUGAGUAGACUUUUCCGUUAAACUACGUCUGACUUUGUAAUCUAAACUUAGAAUAUCGAAUAAAUUUAUUUUAGUUCAAUUUUAUUAUCACUAAUGGAAUUUUAUUAUCACCAACGUUGUGUCUGCCAAAUAUUUAAUUUUGUUUUUAAAUCAUUCGAAUAUUGCAUAACUUUAUAAUAUUGAAAUAUGUUGUGCUAAUUUUUAAAGAGAAAAAGUGCUUUUAUGGCUCUGUUUCGAUUGUUAUGAACCUUUAAAAAUAUUCUAACAGUCCAAAAUAAAUUCGAGUAACUUGUGACAAUACGACUGUUCACACGUCAUAAACUUUUCACAGUUUAACUUUUACCCAUAUACAUAUAUACUUCAACUAUAGUCGGAUUUUUUAUUAGACGAAGUCAACUGACGUUUACUGUGUUGUCAGUUUUUGAUGAAAUAAAAAUAGUGUUGUGACAAAGUGAACGAUUGAAAAAACUCCGGAAUUAAUGAAAUUGCCUCGAUUGUCUAGUGAAUAGUUGGUGUGCCGAAUUGCCGAUAUCGGGUACGGGGUUCGAAUUUUAGGCGUGCUUUGUACAUACCAACGAGUUUUCGACGAAAUAUUAUGUUCCUAUAGUAUCUACCUGUACUGAAUACCGAGUGUUUUAAACAUUAAGAAAAACAUUGCGAGGAAGCUUGUAAGACUGUCCUAUUACAAUACAUCAUAUAGUUGAAACUAUAGAUGUAUAAAAUAUAACAAUUAAAGGUAGGUAAUGAAAAUACAAAAACUGAUUGUAGUUACAUACUACCAGUAACAUAAUAUAUGGGAGCACUUUAAUACAAUUUUAUUGUAAAAUAUAACUAAUAUUCUUUUAUAGUUUGAAAUUAAUGAUUAACUCUUCACACUCAUUGUUCAUUCAUGUGAGUGAAUGAGAACUGAACGCAUCACUAUUACUUUAAAUAUAGCAACAUUAUUUCACAAAGUGACAUUAGCUACUGUCAGCUGGCUUCGUCUAAUUAAAAAUCCGACUAUACGUACAAUUUAGAUUCUAAAAAAAAACUUGUAACAAAUUCCGAGGCAUGCAAAACAUAUUAAAUUACGGAACGAAAUUAUCAAUUUAAUAUUUCGUGCAACGUGAUUCGCGUUCGCAUCAUGGCACAGACUAUUCUGGAUACUUUCAGAUCUUAAAAAGUAUAUUCACCUUUCAUCAAAAAUAUUUUCACCUUUCAACAAAUAAUUAAUCUGGAAGCUAACGUGAAAUGCAAGCUGACUGACUGCAUGUAAAAUAACGAGCAUGCAAAUCACGUAAAAUUCGCACGACUAAUAGAGACAAAUGAAGCAAGUUAUUAGAUCGUACGGCGCGUAAUCACAGCGGGCAGCGCUCGUCCGCCGCGUGCCCCUCAUUUAAUAUUGAACUCGGUAGCGAGCGCAUGCAUUCACUUAUACAUAUUAAAUGUAUAUCAGAAUUAACUCAUGCAAAAAUUGGUGUCAAUUUCACCAAAAAAAUAUAUUUAUAACUUAUAGCUGACCCGGCAGACUCCGUAGUGCCUCAAUCGAUAAAUAAAAGACACAUCAAGGGGACACAUCAAAGGAAAAACAAAAUUGCUUGUUUUUAUAUAAUUCCGAGCUUUUUUUAUAUUUUCUCACCUUUUAAACCUUCCCUGGACUUCCACGAAUAAUUCAAGACCAAAAUUAGCCAAAUCCGUCCAGCCGUUCUCGAGUUUUAGCGAAACUAACGAACAGCAAUUCAUUUUUAUAUAUACUUAGUCUGGCCAUAAAUACUGUUACAAAGGAAAACAAAAAAAAAUCUAUGGCAAAUAACAUUUAUUACUUUUACAGCGUGUUAGUUUACAGUUUUAAAAAUGACAGAUUCCAAAUUCAAAUGUAAUAUUUUGUUUAUUUUUAAUAGUAACAGUAUUUUUGGCCAGACUAAGUAUAGAUUAUUUGAAUAAAAUUCAUUACGCUGUUACCGCCAAACUUCUCGCAAUAAAUUGUACAUAACUAUUGCAGUAAUACGAACGAUUGUAAAUGUUUGAUAUACAACUUACUGUGACUACUUUCCCGUUUAGCGAUAAAUUAAUAAACGCGUUGUUUAGUUCAUGGGCAAUAUCGUCACCCUUUUCCACGAAGGUUAGCUUUAUGACGUCGUAACCGCACCGAUAAAUCUAACGUUAACACGAGCUCGCUAAUAACACAGAUUUUUACCUCAAUAAAUUGAGUGGGCUGGCAAGCGAAAUAAUCAUUGAAACAGAUUCAGUAAUGCGCCAAACUCGAAGCCAUUAGGGAUCGGAGGGAGGUUAAAAAUUGUACAGCGCAUGCUGCCGCUGAUGAAUUGAAGCGAAAAACAAAAUUCCUUCAACGAUCAGCAGGAACAGUAACGAACGACAUUAGCGUCCGAAAGAAAUUUCGCGUUAAAAUUUACAUUUUUCAACGAACUUUCUUUAAUUUUUUUUUAAACGAAAUUGUUCAUUUUCGAUUUGUAUUAAAAAGUUUAUAAAUUUAAACAAAAAUAAAUAACUAUUACAUUAUUGAGUACACGUACAAAAGUCCGUCAGAAUUGUUCGCUGUGUAUAUAGGUAUAUAUAGUUAUAAGUAGCACCGUCUUUCCCAGGGCCUGCGAGAUCAUUGACAUGAUGCAGAUAUCGAUUAGUUACUGUUGUUGCGAGCGCAUGUCGCAAGUCAGAGAGACGCACACUUUGUUUCUCAAUGUUACCCUUGGAAAAAUAUUAGUGUUGUUUAAUUUUGUUAACAAGUUUAACACUUUAAUGUUGGCUUACAUUAUCGUUCCUCUUAACCAUAUUAUAACGAUAACCAUAUUAGUAAUAGAUAACCCGUUGUCUAUUGAUUUAAUAGAUUUUUUCUUCUAAUUCCGAUAUAGGUAGAUAUUUAAAAUAAAUAUUUUAUAAUAAUUUGACACAUACUUGAAUUUGAUAAAAUUUAAUAUAUGUCUGAGGAAUCUAUGCGCUUGAAUUUAAAAAAUAAUAAUUUUGCUUGCAAAUUAUAUAAUCUUUAUACCAAAUUAUUUUAAAUAGUUGUACUAAUAUAUAGGUAGAUAAUUAAAAUAAAUAUUUUAUAAUAAUUUGACACAUACUUGAAUUGGAUAAAAUUUAAUAUGUCUGAGGAAUCUAUGCGUUUAAAUUUAAAAAAUAAUAAUUUUGCUUUUCAAAUUAUAUAAUCUUUAUACGAAAUUAUUUUAAAUAAUUGUACUAUUGCUGCUUAUUUAUCAUUAAUGAUAUGUAUAAUAGUUUAUGAACUUGUAUUUAUUUAUAUUAUGUUUAAGUUGUAAAUGCUAUUCAUAUUUUCGAAUAAAUGUUUUGGAAAUA